CGGGAGAUUACAACGUAUAGGGAGGGUCAGAGGGGCAGGCCGUCUGGUGCAGUAUUUAACACUCGGAGGGAGGGAGAAGGAAACACAGGCUCGCCCAGAGAUCCCGCAGCCUCCCUGACUGGUGGAUCAUUGUCCAAACCUUGUGUUCCUGCCCAGGACCCUAUUCCUUCAGCCGUCGGAUGGGGAUGAAGGUUUGUGGGAUUGUCCUCACCGCCCUCCUGUUGGCUCUCGUCCACUCUGACACGUCUGGACCAAGACAGAGCAACCCUCCGGAUGAGGAGAGCCUUGCCAGCACCUUACGUCAGUACUGGGAUACCACCUACAACAGGGUGUCGCAGUGGGUGGAUUCAUUGUCCGAAUCCACCACUGCACAAUACAUCCGGUCUGCAUUUAACGGAAGUUCUGCGGCCCUGGCUACCUACACUAAGGUUUUCUUCGAUCAAGUCAUGCACAUGGUGUAGACACAGGCGUCCAGCCGAGUGAAGGGUCAUCAAUCCGUGCGCACGAUCCAGGGCGCGACUCGGUAUGGACGGCCCAGAGCAGGCCGGCUCCAGCUGUCACACAGUUCCCCAAUAAACUACUCCUUCUCGG